AUGCUGACAACUGAGCCUCCAAAACUUACCCCAGCAGGUUGGAGCCAUCACAAGAAUGGUUACAUAGUCAUCAAGAAUCGCCCUUGCAAGGUUGUUGAAGUUUCCACCUCCAAGAAUGGAAAGCAAGGUCAUGCUAAGUGCCACUUUGUUGCAAUUGAUAUCUUCAAUGGCAAGAAGCUGGAAGAUAUUGUUCCAUCGUCCCAUAAUUGUGAGCUGUUGACUGAUAAUGGCAACACCAAGGACGACCUGAGGCUUCCCACUGAUGAGGCUCUGUUUACUUAG